AUGGCGAACUUCUUCAUUGAAAAACAGUUGGAAGCCGUGGCGAGAGAGCAGGGAACAACCGUUCGAAGCUUGAGGAGCAAGAUCAGCGAUGUGGCUUCAGGCCUCCAAAUGGCAACCGCUUGCAGUGGAACCGACUCCCCUAUGGUGCUGGCCAAAUGUCUGGGCCUGGAGAGCAGCUUUAGCUGCGAAUUUGAUGAGCGCAAACAAGAAUGGAUCAUGGAAAACUUUCCUGAGAUUCAACGGCUCUUCUCUGACAUCAAGACGUUGAAAUGCCAGCAGGUCUUGAAUCUUGUCACUGGAGCCAUGGAAAGGGUGCCACGAGCAGACAUCUUCAUUACUGGCUUUGUUUGCAAGUCUGUCUCCACGGAGAACAACGACAGAAAAGUCUACAAGAAUUGCAUCAAGGAAGGAACAGGAGAAACAGGAGAAACCUUCAGCGGCAUGAUGGACUACGUGAAGAAGCAUUCCCCAUCCGUGGUAAUUGCUGAAAAUGUCAAGGGAAUCACAGCAAAGAACGAUGGCCAGCCACCGGUCAUUCUUCAUGUUGCCGAUGCAAUGAAGAGGGCAGGGUACCACUUUGGGUACAAGAUCCUGAACACCAGUGACUUUCUUAUUCCGCAAAGCCGAAACAGGUGCUGGAUGAUCGGCCUACGCCGUGACAAAUACAGCCAGUGUGAUGUGGAGGAUGUCUUUGAUAUGAUCGAGCAGAUGAAAAGCCCUGCCAUGGAGCUGAAGAAGUACUUCCAGCACUUCUGUGUUGGUCGAGCAGGGAUGCCCGUGAAUAAGGCCCCAAAUGCGCGUCAGAAGAGGGUGAUCAAGAUCGCCCUGAAGAAGGUGCCCAAGCGAAGCAAUCGCGACCAAGUGAUUGUGGAUGUGGCAAAGAGCGAGCAACGGGCACCAGUGCAGCUCAAUCGUACGCCUUGUUUGGUGGCCAACAGCGCCAUGUUUUGGCACAAUGAAGAGCGCUUCUUGAGUGCUGAAGAGGUGUUGGCCCUGCAGGGUAUCUUCACCAAAGAUUUCAAGGCUGCCAAGAGCACUUUCCUUACGCAGCAGCGCAGACUAUGCCAUGAUCUCACUGGAAAUGCCUUUAGCAUGAGCGUCUGCAGCGCGGUCCUGACGGCCGUGCUGCUCAAAAUCGCUGAGGCAUAG